AUGGAGACGGCCGUCGGUGCGGCCAACUGGCUUCUGGGCAAGGUGCUCGCGAAGCUGUCUGACGACCUGGUGGCCGCAUACGUGUCCAGCAAGGAGCUGGGCCUCAACUUCCAUGACAUCCAAGAGAAGCUCUUGUACACGCAAGCGCUGCUCCAUGCAUCCCAGGGAAGGGACGUGAGUAACGACCCUGGCCUAUAUGGGUUGCUGGAGAAGCUGAGCAAGAAGGCUGACGAGGCUGAGGACAUGCUCGAUGAGCUCCACUACUUCAUGAUCCAGGACCAGCUUGACGACACCAAAGAGGCUGCCCCGGAACUCGGCGGUGGGGUUCAGGGCCCUGCCCUUCAUGUCCGUCAUGCUGCCCGCCACACCAUCGGUAACUGGAUUCCAUGCUUUUCUUGCUCGCAUACUCAAGAUAGUGAUUCUUCCGUUGCUGUUGUCACUAGUAACCCACAAAAUGCAACAAGGUCUGGUAGUGGCAUUGAUGGUGGGCCUGUUCAUAAAUUGUCUUUUGACAGAGUGGAUAUGUCCAAUAAAAUCAAGUUGGUAAUAGAGGAAUUGAACACAAGGUGUGGACCUGUCUCUGUCUUGCUCAAAAUUUCAAACCACAGUAACACUGCAACAAGCACACCUAUCACCCACAAAAGGCCUCCCACGAGUUCAGUAGCUGCACAAGAUAAACUGUAUGGGAGGGGAGUCAUCUUUGAGCAAACUAUAAGUGCGCUCACUGGUACCACAUAUCUUGCUCAAACUCUUUCUGUUCUGCCUUUUGUUGGCCCUGGGGGCAUGGGAAAGACAACCUUCACCCAACACUUGUAUAAUGAUAAAAGGGUUGAGGAGCAGUUCACUGUCAGGGUUUGGGUAUGCGUCUCAACUGAUUUUGAUGUGAUAAACCUCACACGGCAGAUACUUGGAUGCAUACCUGCAAUUGAAAAAGAAGAACACAAAUGCAAAGUUGAAACAGCCAGUUUAGACCAGCUUCAAAAAUCCAUUGCUGAGAGAUUGAAGUCCAAAAGGUUUUUAAUUGUCUUGGAUGACAUUUGGAAAUGCAAUAGUGAAAGUGAUUGGAAUAGCCUAUUAGCUCCAUUUAAACAGGGGGAAAUUAAGGGGAGCAUGGUUCUUGUCACAACUAGGUUUCCAUCAGUAGUACAAAUGGUGAAAACAACUGAUCCAGUAGAACUGCAUGGUUUGGAAGCUGAUGACUUUUUCAAAUUAUUCCAAGCAUGCAUAUUUGUUCAUAACAAACCUGGGCACUAUGAAGAUGACUUAAUUGAUGUUGCAAAGGAUAUUGCAAAGAAACUAAAGGGUUCACCCCUAGCCGCCAAUACAGUGGGUCGUUUAUUGAGGAAAAACAUUUCUCAGGAAUAUUGGAUGGAAGUUCUUGAAAAGGAUGAAUGGCAAAAUGCAAAAAAUACUGAUGAUAUUUUACCAUCUCUGAAAAUUAGCUACGAUUACCUUCCUUUCCUUCUAAAAAAAUGUUUUUCAUAUUGUGCUCUCUUCCCGGAAGAUUACAAGUUUUAUAAUUUACAAAUUACUAGCUUUUGGACCGCGAUAGGUAUAUUGAACUCUAGUUGCCAACAUGAUAAGAAUUACUUAGAACAACUAGUAGACAAUGGUUUUCUCAUGAAGGGAGUCGAUAGCUCUGAUGAGCAAUACUACGUGAUGCAUGAUUUAUUGCAUGAACUAUCCCAAAAUGUUUCAUCGCAAGAAUGUGUCAAUAUAAGCCGCUCAAAUUUUAGUGCGGAUAACAUCCCACGAUCUAUUAGGCACUUAUCAAUCACAAUAGAAGAUAUAUGCGGUGAAAGUUUUGAAGAAGAAAUGGGUAAACUGAAGGGUAUAAUAGAUAUUUGUAAUUUGCGGACUUUGAUGAUUUUUGGGUCACCUAACGCAACAAUAGCUAUCCAUUCCAAUAUUCCUGUCGUUGGAAAGAUGAAGUGUUUACAUGAGCUAAAAGAGUUCCAUGUUAAGAAAGAGGGUGUUGGAUUUGAACUGAAAGAGCUGGGGGAAUUGAGAGAGCUCAAGGGUAAACUCACUGUACGUAAUCUUGAAACUGUGGCAACUAAGGGAGAAGCUAGUGAAGCCAAACUGAGGAACAAAAUAAAUCUGAAAGAGUUGAAAUUAGUAUGGGGUACAGAGCACCGUACUGUAGAUGAUGAUGUUCUUGAAGGUCUUGAACCAUAUCCUGAUCUUAGGGUGCUUAGAAUUCAAAAUCCUGGAGUUGCCACUUGUCCUACAUGGUUGUGUGAUGGUUUCAGCUCAAAAAGGUUGGAGUCUCUCCAUCUAGAGGGUCUAUCUUGGGACACUCUUCCACCUUUUGAGCAGCUACCACACCUCACCAAGCUCACAUUGAAGAGUAUUUCUGGAAUGCGUGUGUUGAAGCUUGGCUUUAGCACUGUUACAGGAAGAAGCUUCAUGCACCUGAAGACAAUUGAUUUGACGGACAUGCCAGAACUUGUGGAGUGGGUUGGGGAGCCUAAUAGCCAUCUAUUUUCAAGGCUUGAAAGUAUCACACUUGAAGAUUGUCCCUCUCUCUGCUCGUUUCCCUUCUUGGAGUACUCUGACCUAUUUACCAACUUGUUCAGUCUUCAUAUUAAAGACUGCCCCAAGCUGUCUCGGUUUCCACCCAUGCCUCAUACCUCCACACUAUCAAAUAUGCAACUGAUCAAUCAUAGCUCAUCACUACAAUUGGAAAGAAAGAAGAAAUUCACCAUUGAACAGUAUGAUGGUGCUUUGGCCUUCCACAACUUGGAUGAAGUAGAGGAUAUGAGUAUUGAGGGUGGGUCACACAUUUCAUUCUCAAACCUCAAAGAAAUGAACUCUCUGAGAAGUAUACAGAUUGAUGGGUGUGACGACAUGUUUUCUGCAGAACUAGAUGAUACUGUUGUUCUCCAUUCUGUUCAGAAUCUUUACAUAUCUAGGAACAUGUCUAUAGCAGGGGAUCUGUUGUCAGAGAUUGCAAGGAGCAAAUUAAUGCAUGCAUGUUCAUUCCAGCUGGAAGAAUUCAUGGUGGAUAGCAUCUCGGCAGUGCUUACUGCUCCUGUUUGCAGCCACCUUGCCGCAAACCUCCACACAUUGAAUUUCAGUUGUGAUCAGUGGGUGACAACCUUCACGGAAGAGCAAGAGCAAGCGCUGCAGCUCCUCACCUCUCUCAAACAUCUCGGAUUUGAAAAUUGCAAGAAUAUGCAGUCCCUCCCUCAAGGGUUAUGUGGCCUUUCUUCUCUGAAGAGACUGGCGAUCUUCACUUGUAAGAAAAUGCAAUGCCUCCCGCCCAAGGAGGGUUUCCCCGCUUCACUGGAACGUCUGAGAGUAGUGUUUUGUGGUCCUGAGCUAAAUGAGCAAGCCAGAAAACUGGAACAAAGUGACCCAUGGUUUUCUGUAAAUGUUGUCUCCCGCUUCCAGCAAUAA